UAUGCUACAUGCUGCGUAAGAACAAGUAAUUAAAAGCAUUUGCCGUUUAAAAAUGGGAAUGAUGCCAUGCUGUGAGAAGGUAGGGUUGAAGAAAGGACCAUGGACACCAGAAGAAGACAACAAGCUCGUUGCUUAUGUUCAAAAGCAUGGCCAUGGAAACUGGAAUUCAGUGCCUGCCAAAGCGGGUCUUCGAAGAUGUGGAAAGAGCUGCAGGCUGAGGUGGAUUAACUACCUCAAACCUGAUAUAAAACGAGGGAACUUUAGCUUCUCAGAAGAUCGCACCAUUAUUCAACUUCAUGCUCUUCUUGGAAACAAAUGGUCAAUUAUAGCAUCUCACUUACCCGAGAGAACAGACAAUGAGAUAAAGAAUUAUUGGAACACCAACAUCAAGAAAAGGCUUAUCAGAAUGGGAUUAGAUCCCAUUACCCACAAACCAAAAUCUCAAGCCUAUGUUGGUGGUGACCACUCCAAACAUGCCACCAAUAUGAGCCACAUGGCACAAUGGGAGAGUGCUCGACUUGAAGCUGAAGCUAGAGAAUCCAUGUUGCAAGUUGGAGCUAGCUCCUUCCUUCCCUCACAGCUAGUCACAAGCAAAAUCCCCAUUCAACCUUUUAUUUCAUCAGAUUCACCAUCAACUACACUCAACAACACAGUGUAUAACAUGUAUGCCCUCACACUUGUCACCAAUCAUGAUCUUCAAUCACCGAUAUCCACGUGGAGCUUCCCAAAUAAAAAGUGUACUGUCUCAACCAAUGUAGGGCAAUUCACUGACACCGAAAUUUCACUCUCAUAUAAGGUUGAUGGUAAUGUUAAAGAAAGUAGUAGUCAAACUCAAAAGACAAUGGAAAGCUAUGAGCCAAUCUUGCAAGAUGAUGACAUUAUGAUGGCUGUUGAAGCAUUUAGAACAGCAGGAUGUGAGAGUAUUCAUGAAUUGUUUAACAACUCUGCUGCCAUGGAAGGUCUGAUUAAUUAUUCUUCUGAAAGAGAUAUGUACAAGAGUACAUAAAUGGAAACUUCCAAUUUACAUACUUUCCUUGCUAGGGAAUGGUGAAGGCCAAGGCCAUGUGAUGUGAUAUAAAAUGUAUCCUUUGUUUUUAAUUAAUUUAUCUCCUCUAUGCUAAGUGAAAUUGCUUUGAACAAUACCCAUAUUUAAUUUGUAGGGUGCAGGUUAUGAUCCAUUCUGAGAAAAAGUUAGGCAGCUGACAAAUUAUGUUACA